AUGUGCGAGCCGCGAGAGCACGACUCCGAGCUGAAGGACUCCCAAGUGGGCGACAUCCCCGAGCCGUUCCCCCAGCUCUUCAAGGCGCUCACGGACGAGAAGGAUCUGCUCCUCAGGUGGACUUCCAUCACCUUCCCCAUCGAUGUCAGCGUCAGCGACAUCGAGGACGCCUCUCUCGACCGAAGCAAGUACAGGCUGGUUUCGCAUCCACAGGACACCGUACCGGCCGACCAAGUCACAGUCAAUUGCACGGUGCUGUACAUGUCCCAGUGCAUGUCCGGCAGGAAGUGCAGGUCGUCAUGCGAGUCCACGGGAGCCUCGGCCUACCGCUGGUUCUUUGAUGGCUGCUGCGAAUGCGUCGGAAGCCGCUGCAUCAACUACGGUGUUGAUGAGAGCAGGUGCAUCGACUGUCCCAGGGUGGACGACUUCGACGACGAGCUCACCGACCGCAUCCUCUCGGGGUCGAUAGCUCCUCCAGCGGACGAGUCGGCUCUCCAGUCCGACAUCCUCUUCGAAGACGGCCCGACCAACUAAGGCGCUCUCUCGUUCGGCCGAUUUUUUUUUUUACAUCUCGAGGUCGUCUUACCUCAAGAAGUAGUCCC